AUCAUGUGAAGAGAAGAAACAUUCUUCUGUUGUAUAUCUCACCACAGAGGACAAACUGUUUUUAACUUCUUUAAGACAUCUGAAUGUGUUCUAUUUCUUUAAAAAUAUCCUUUCCUUUCAACAGGUGAAGGGUGAAGAUGGAAAUAAGAUGGCCAUUUCAGGCACUUUAUUUGUUAAUCCUCACACACUUUAUCAAUGUCCAGUCCACUAUCAUCCUUAAAAAUGAGGAAAUUGUCUAUGCCUUGCCUGGCAGUGAUGUGACUCUAAGAUGUAGCAUCCUGAAAGGAAAGGAAAUCCAUAUAACACAGACACAAUGGUCAAAGAUUCAAGAUGGCCUGCCAAGGAGGAUAGCUGUAUACAACCCUCGCUAUGGCACAGGAUGCCAUGAAACGACUUACAAUUAUUCUGUACGCUUCAGGAAGAACAUCCACCAUUGCUUGACACACUUCAACUGGACUUCCAUCCACAACGAAUCUACAGGAAACUCUCUAGAAUGCAAUCAAUGGAUUCUACAGCUGAGAAACAUUAUCCCUGAAAUGUCUGGCUUGUACGAGUGCAGCUUUACUAUAUUUCCAACUGGAACAAGCAGCUCUGAAAUCAAUCUUGUUAUCGGGAAGAGCGUGAAACCAGAAAUCUCUAUUGGCCUCCAAGCAAGUUUCACGGGAGAGGCUAAUCUUAUCUGUGGAGUAAGGAAAGCGUUUCCCAAGCCAAAUCUUCUGUGGUACAAGGAUGGAGAACUUCUGAAGGACAAAUCCAAAGGGAUAUCCAUGAAAAAUGAAGGUGCGAAGACUGCAGGCGGUUUUUAUGAGAUGAGAUCGCUGCUAACAAUACAGAGCACUGCUUGGUCAUCCAUUCACCAGGCUUUCAAAUGCAUGUCUGUAUAUCCUUUCCCUGGAAAUGAUGUUUCAUCUGAAGAAAUAGUUCUUCCUUAUGCAGGGAUUCAGACUACAUCUUUCCCACUCUCAAAAUUCAGUACUCAAGUUAUUCCAGUUUUGGAUUCAUCCACAGAAAGGUCUCAGUCUACAACGCUGGAAUCCUUAAAAGUCAGUAGUCAAGGUCCUCCAGUGAAUUCCCUCACGGAAAGGCAUUCUACUAAAAACCUGCAAGAUGACACUGUUACAAAGCUCUCUAGUUCCUCCACAGUGCCACAAAAACUGAAGGCUUCUACUACAACACCCCCAAAAUCCUCCCUCCCUGUCACCCACCUCCAUGAGAUGAAAACACGACCACAACGAAAUCUAUCUACCAGAAGAGUGACUGAAGUAACCACGCUGACUACCCUUGAUAAUCCUUCCACUGUAAAGGAUUGGUUUAAUGAUACUGGAAAUCUAUCCAUCAGGAGAGUGACUGAAGUAACCACACUGGCUAACCCUGAUCAUCCAUCUACUGUAAAGAAUUGGUUGAAUAAUACUGGUACUGCAACAAGUCCAAAACAUCCUGGCUUCUCCUGGCCAGCAGUUGUAGCCACUCUGCUUCUCUUCUGCACACUCAUAAUCAUUUUGGGGGUCAGAAAAUGGUGCCGACACCGAAAGGAAAUUAUGAACAGGCCACCAUCUUUCAAGCCGCCACCACCUCCAGUUAAGUACACUGCUAUGAUGGGCUGUGAUGAGAUUUGCCUAUCCUGCAAUGAACUGGGAAAUGAGCUAGAAGUGUUUCACAAUACUGAGUUAUUACAUUCUGUGACUUUUACCUAGAUUGCAAGAGUUCAUUGGCAGUGACCCGUAUGGAAAUUUAGACUCAUUAAUCUUGCAUUGCAGGGAGCACAAUAUUCCUAAGUACAAUUUUCCAGUGCAAAUUACCCUCUGCAGACAAUUGGCAUCAACAAAUCAAAGAGGUACUAUUAGAAGUAAGAGGUACUCUACUUCAGUUGUAUGAUCAAUAAAGAAUUAACAGUCUGCUAUAGAAACAUAAAACCUUUUUGUCUUACAAUAUCUAUAAAUUGUACAUCUGAUGCAUAUGGCAUCUACAGUUAUUCUCAAAAGUGUGUUUUCCUACAUCUGUAUCCAGAUCAGAGAUGUUCAUCUUCUGUAUUUUCAAGGGCCUCCCUAUUCUUUAGAUAAUGAUCUGAGGACACAAAGUUUAUUUGGUUGCAUAUGAAUGGGCAGGAUCAAUAAAACUGAUACCCAUGAAAGGGCUUUAGAAUUGCAGAAUGCAUACCCUCUAGCUGGGUGUUGUUAGAGGGUGGCUCAGGAGCCUAAGCCCCAGAUCUUUUGCCAAGGGAUGUGGAUCUCCUGCCUCUGACCACCCCCCUUUCAAUUUGCUGGAUCUGCUUUAUUUUUACUAGACUACUGAGAUCCAUCCACCAGAGUUUGGUGCAAAUGCCAUGCACUUAGAAUUAAAUAAUUAUAAGACCAGGUCUUGGCUUUGAACACCAGAACUGAACUAAUAUUCCUUCCACACACAAGCCCACUCCUGGUUACUCCAAGCUUACUUCAUUUCAACAGUAUAAUUUGGUUGGGGGAUAGUCAUGGGGGAAGAAUUCAAUUCUAGUUUGCACUUUAUAAAACAAUGCACCAGCCAAAACACAGGCAUCCUUUGAGAUGUGUACUUCUCCACAUUUUGCAAUGGAGUUCUCCAGCCAAGUAAUGUGUACAAAAAAUGCACAUGCUAAGGCAGCCCAAAUAUUUUUUUCCAUGGACCACUUGAAAAUUGCUGAGGGUCUUGGUGGACUUUAAUGAUUUUUCUCCCUGUUGUAGCAAUUGUAAUUUCAUAAAUUCAUAUUGUAAUAAAAGAAAAGAAAAAAGAAGCAAUAAAAUACAAUUAAAAAUCAAUGUGACACACAAAUCCACAGACACAUCAUAGAUCAUGUGAAUGAAGUUUGCAGACCACUGGUGGUCUAUGGUACUGGUCUACCCAUGCAUAUAUUAGUGAAAAUAGCAUACAAAAACACCUUAGGAAAAUUGCUUUGCAAAAAUGAGUAUACUAGGAAAAAUGCAUACAAAAUGUGUAUGUUUUCACAAGGAUUUUUUUUUAAAAAAAAAUCACAAACUGAUGCGGAAAUGUAGUGAACUAAACUUAAGACUGGAAAAAUAAGAAACAGAGAGAAAUUGAAAUUGAUAGAUUUGCCCAUCCCUAGUUGUAGUUCCAAACAUCUGGAGGGCACUAGGAUGGUGAAGGUUGCAAUAUACCAUGUCUGUUCAGCAAACAAUAAUACAAAUAUCAAGCAGUUGGUGGGGUGGGAGGACCAUAGGAUAUUAAUAGCCAUGAUUUAAGAAAUAAAGUGUAAGGCCUAUGCAUAUCAUCCCCAUCCAUUUUACUUUACCUGGAUUCAGUACAUAGUGAAGACAACAUUUCUGAAAAGAAUGCAAAUUAAAUGACUGGCAAAUGGUUUCCAGAUCUCCUUAAGCUUGCCUCAAGAUUUUGGGAUGCCUUUUUUUUAAAAAAAAGAACAUUUGGCACUGAUGGUCUUAUUGUUUCCUCAAACUGUUGUUUGUCCCAUGGUUUGGAAAAUGCCAUAAUUGUACAUUCUGUGAGGCACUUGAGAAUUAGAUUUUUAUUGUUUUCAUUUAAUUUUAAAGUAUCAUCAAAUACUUGUAUUAUCCAUCCCUCCCACCAAACUGUCUUGUGUAUAUUUUGAAGGGUGAUCUAGGAAAUAUUGCUAAUAAAUAAAAAUAUAAUGCUGGAGUAACCACUUAGCACCAGAAGGUGGCUCUAUGAGUUUAAACUUUACUCCUGCUGAGAAACUGUUUCCUGUAUAACAUAUUUGGAGAACCCAAACUGCUAAAUUUACCAACAUACAAUAUUUUUUUAAAAUAAGUAGUUUGUGUAGAUAAGUAGAGGAAAGUAGGCUGAGUAGUUAAGCUGAGAUUAUUAUUUUUAAUUUUUUUAUAUAAAAAGUAUGAAUUUAGGCCAAAGGGGAACAAUAUCCAUACCACAAUGUGUCUGUGAUUGUUUUCUGUACUAACCAGCAAUAGCCAGACUUCCGUGACGUUUGUGUUUCAGUUGGAGGGCAAUACACAGCUUGAGACUGUAAUAACCUCUGAUAUUAGAAUGUGAAUAACACUUUUGUCAAAUGAUUUCCAAAUAUCAUAAUUGCCAACUUU